AAUGAUAAAUUAACUUGAUUUUUUUGUUAUGUGUUUUAUUUGCGCUAAUUUAUAGCAAUUGUUAUCAAGGACAAGUAAUAUUCCAAUCUCCUAUAUGAAACCAAUAACAUUAUGCAAUACAAAUAAUUUUAACGGCGGUCAUAACUCAUCUUGGUAUACCAAUAUGGAAUUUAGAAAUCAUAAAAUUGUACCCUUACUCACACGAUCAACAUCUAAUUAUAGAUUAGAUGUUCCAAAUACAAUAAAUUCAUCAAAAUUUCCUAAUUUAGUGACGGAAUAUAAAUGCAGUGCUCCAGAAACCGCUUUAAAUAUGCGAUAUACACCAAAUGAAUGGUUUCAGAAACAAAUAAACUAUUAUAAUGAAUCAAAUUCAUGUAGAUAUCUUUCAGAAAAAGUAAGAAACGAAACUUUACGAAUUAUCAGAGAUGCUGAAGAAAAAGUGCGAUCUGGACAACACAAUACUAGUAGAAGACUUGGUGAAAGAAUAAAUGAUGUUAGUUUUUGGCGAAAUGAACUAAUAUCAGAAUUAGAAAGAUUACUUCAAGAAAUUGAAAGAUUACAAGAGUGUUGUUCUAUUUUAAAUAAAGCUAUUAAAGAUAUUGAAAGUCCAUUACAUAUUGCAGAAGAAUGUCUUUAUCAUAGAGAAGCUAGAAAAGAUACAGAACGCGUGCAUGAUGAAUCAGAGAAAUGCUUAUUUAAGGAAAUAGAAAUCUUAAAUCAAAAUAGAAAAAAAUUGGAGACUUGUUUGGAUAAAUGCAAGAAUCAGCUACGAGAUUGCAGGAUGUCUCAAUGUCAUUUAGAAUUGGAUCUAAAGAAUAAAGAAAGUGCAUUAGAAAUAGAUAAGAUGUGUCAUCAAUUGAAUAAUUACAGCCAUGGAUUGCAAUAUUAUACUGGAACUCAAAAAUAUGAUAAAUGCUUUAUAGAACAAGAUACAUGGAUACAGGCUGUUAAUCAGAUAAUUAAAGAAUCACAAACAGAGAGGAGUAAAUCUUAUCAAUUAAGAACAAAUGCAGAAGCUCUAAUGAUGAAAAUUACACAAGAAAUAUGGGAUGCAUGGAAUAAUACAAACAAUGUUUUAGCACAUAGAUCUUCUGAAUUACUUGAAGCUAAAAAUAAACUUCAACAACAUUUACAGAUGAUACAGCAAGAAAUUUUUGAUGUUGAAAAAAAUUUAGAAUUGAUAUAUAAAGCUAUUACAGAUAAGAGCUACAUACUGAAGGUAGCAUAUACCAGAUUGGAAACUAGAAUGUAUCGCCCAGAUAUAGAGCUUUGUCGUGAUUAUGUACAUACAAGUCUUCAAAAAGAAAUUAAUGAAACAAAUCAUGAAAUAGAAAGAAUGCACAGAACAUUGGAAAAAUUAGAGAAUCAGCAUCAGAAGUUAUUAAAAACUAGGACAAUGCUGGAGCACGAUCUUGAACUGAAGGUUGACGCAAUACACAUUGAUCAUGAUAAAAUCACUGGGCUUAGGCGUGCUUAUCCAAUUAAUGUUCUUUUUAAAUUUUAAUGUUUACCAAUAAAUACUCAUUAUUAUA